AUGACAAGACCCAGCGCUCCUUUGAUCAGACGGUCACCGACCUCCUUUUCUUCCUCACUCUCGAGCCGACUGAUCGUUCCCCGGCGUCUCGUCGCCACCGCUCCGCUGCACAUUUCGAUGUGAUGGAGACGGGGUACGACUUCAUUCUCGGCACCCCGUGGUCUCGUCGGUUCCGCAGCACCGAGGCCGAUUGGGCGACGAAUACUCUCGUUCUCAAAACGAAGUGUGGACAGACGUAUCGCGUACCUUUCAUAGGUACCACCGCGACACCACGCCCCGAUCCUCCUCCCCCGGAGCCUUCCGUGCCCACACCACCUCCCUCUAUCACUGUCACCUCGCCUCGGCAGUUCGCCCACUCCAUCCGGCCGGACGACGUCACCUUCUUUAUGGUGAACGUGACGGAUCUCUUACACUAUGAUCCACCCUAUCCCGACGUCGAGUUCAUCCCUCUGGAGCCAGAUCCUCCUUCUAUCUCCAUGGUUCCCAUCUCUACUUCCGUCCCUCCGUCGUCCGUCGAGUCCACCCCGCCGUCGCACGCGGACGCUGACGCUGAGGAACUCGCACGAUAUACGGCUGACCUGGAGCCCGCAGUUCGUGACCUCAUCCGAGAGUAUCACGACGUUUUCCCAUCGUCGUUCUCAUACGCCGGCAUCCCACCGAUGCGUGACGUCGAGCACUCUAUUCAGCUUGUGCCUGACUAUCGUGUUCACCACCAGGCACCCUACAGACUCUCGAUCCCCGAGGCCACCGAACUCAAGCGUCAGCUUGAGGAGCUCCUGAGACUGGGUUUCAUUAAACCCAGCAACUCCCCGUGGGGUGCACCCGUCCUCUUUGCUCGCAAAGCGGAUGAAACUCUCCGUCUCUGCAUCGACUAUCGCGGUCUCAACCGCUACACGGUUAAGAACAGCUACCCCAUGCCUCGUUCCGAUGAGCUGUUCGACCGCCUAGCAGGCAACCGCUUUUUUACGAAGAUUGAUCUUCGUAGCGGUUACCAUCAGAUCCGCGUAGCUGCAGCCGAACAGCCGAAGACCAUGUUCCGAUCGCGAUUCGACCACUACGAGUUCACGGUGAUGCCAUUCGGCCUCACCAAUGCACCCGCUACCUUUGAGAGGGCGAUGAACGACAUCUUCAGGGACAUCCUGGAGCAGUACGUUCUCGUCUACCUCGACGAUAUCCUGGUCUACAGCCGUACCCUUGAGGAGCACCUCAGACACCUCAGCGACGUCCUUGACCGCUUGCGCAGACAUGGCUUCUACGCCAAGCUGAGCAAGUGCCGCUUUGCCCAACACAAAGUGGAUUUCUUAGGACACUACGUGUCUGACCAGGGUGAUUGUCCGAUAGCCUUCUACUUCUGUCAGCUCCUGCCCGCCGAGAUAAACUACACUGCUGAUGAACGUGAGGUUCUCGCAGUAGUUUAUGCCGCUCGGCACUGGCGUCACUACCUGCACGGGGCACCGUUCAUGGUGCGUACGGACAACUCUGUUGUCCAGGCUUUUCUGACAAAACCGAAGCUCACUCCUCGACAGGCUCGGUGGUGGCGCGACCUAUCCGAGUUUAGUUUCACCACUGAGCACAUCAAGGGUGAGACUAAUCGGGUCGCAGAUGCCCUAUCCCGGCGCCCUGACCACGACCAGGAGCAGAUCCAACUCUCUUCCAUCUCGGUCACCACUCUCCACCACUCGGUGAUCGACGAGUUUCGCACUCAGUACCGUCACUGCCCCGACUAUCGCGACAUCCACGCGACCCUUCGGAGUGGCAAGACCGUCCCGAACUACUCUCUCGGGGACAACGGUCUCGUGUACUGGCACGGUUCACAGGGCACCAGAGAGCCCCAUAUUUGCGUUCCCUCCACUGGACAGCUACGUGUCCGCGCAGUAGCAGAGUUCCAUGACCAGGCAGCCGCCGGUCAUAUGGGCUUCCACAAGACGUUGGCUCGUGUGAGCCGCCUGUACGUCUGGCCGAAGCGCAAGGACUUUGUGAAGGACUAUGUCGCAGAGUGUCCCACCUGUCAGGAGGUGAACAGUGCGAACCACUUGCCUUAUGGCUUGCUUCAGCCUCGUCCUAUCCCUGAGGGUCGUUGGCAGUCCAUCUCGAUGGACUUUAUCGGUCCCCUUCGUCCUCCGACCCCUCGCGGUCAUGAUGCUAUCCUGGUCGUCGUCGACCGCUUCCCGAAGCGUGCACGCUUUGUUCCGUGCCGCUAUGCCAUCAGUGCACGUGAGGUCACCGACAUCGUGUUUGACCAAGUCGUGCGUAACCACGGCUUACCUCUGAGCAUCAUAUCUGACCGUGACCCGCGCUUUACCAGACGAUUCUGGCGACGGCUCCACGAGGUGUACGGCACUCAGCUCCGCUUCUCCUCGUCUUUCCAUCCUCAGACUGAUGGUCAGACCGAGAUCACAAACAAGACUCUCGGAGAUAUUCUCCGAAAGAUUGUUCGUGACGACCAGCAGUGGGAUCUCCAUCUUGCCCACGCGGAGAUAGCCUACAACCACGCCGUCUCGCCAACCACGGGGAUGUCGCCUUACUAUUGCGACCUCGGCUAUCACCCUCGUGUUCCCGCGGACUUCCUUCGACCGUCCCAGCUGCACCCCGACACGAGUUGUCCCGCGCUGGAUGAUUGGGUUGCACACAUGACGUCGAUCAUGAAGACCGCACAUGAGCACAUAGCCGCUUCCCAGACUCGCAUAGCAGCAUGUGCGAACCGAUCGAGAAUGGAUCAUCCAUUCAAAGUCGGCGAUGAUGUGCUUAUCGACGCCCGCCACUUAGAGCUCGAAGCGGACAUGCUUUGCAAGAGCAAAUUCAACGAGUGGCAAGUGACCACCGAUGCCUCUUUCGCAUUCCCCACACUUGAUGACAACCGGGCCCUGGCAAGGAACAUAAAGGAGAUCAUCUCCACAGAGUUCCCACUGGGGGUAUACGGGUUUCCUCCACGAGAACUAACAAGUGGAGAAAAGACCUCAGAUCCGCCGAUCCUCACCCCGUUCGACCCCAUCUUGGUCAAGCUCGAUGAAAAGGCAAAACUCAACGAAGGCCUCACUUGGAAGGCAUGGAACACGAUCACAACACUCCCGUAUAAUGUGUUGAACCGGAGAUCUAGUACAACUGAUGUCAUUGCGGAUUCCCUAACAGAUAUCAUCAGGACCCUCCUCUUGAUCUCAAAAAGCUCACUGCAAGAUGAGGCUACUCCCAUAGAGGUAGACAUAGGGGAGGAAGAAGACAAUAUGGAGGAGGAAGAUAAGGAGGUGUUGGGAUUGGGCGACAAGAUCUUCCUAGCGGGAGACACCGAAGAGCCGCACACCACAAAGGAGAGUAGCACAGGAGAGUACGGUAUUGGUUCCUCUCAAGCGAGGGACGAGAGCAGGGAAUCAGACACUGAGAGCCGCAGGACUGAGGCAACAGUGGACUGAAAAACGAACCCCAAACACUAAUUAAAUCCUCUCCACACAAGUAAAACGCACAACAACAU